UACGGAGACUCUGGGCUUCGUAAAUUCAUUACAAUGAUUGCAGUAAUCAGUCUGCAAAGCAAUAAGUUGGCUGUGCGCUUGAGAGGAGGGGCCAUAUAAAGUACUAAAGCAGAAACUGCUACUUUGUCCGUUUUAGAACAAGUAGGCCUACAUGGAAACGGACGCUUCCUUUGAUACGAGACUAUUCACACAUCCCCACCUCAAUGAAGAAUACCCUCUAAAUGAGUUAUGGGGUUGGAUGGGAUUUACCUUUUUUCCUAGUGGAUGCACCCUGAGUGGACUUAUUUGGCAACAUUUGGACUGACUAUGUUCAUGUUUUUAGUGUUGAUUGAUCUGCGAGAAGCUUGUUGACACCCCAGGAGCCGAAACUGCUCCUCAACCAACUCAUAUCAGGACUGAUUCCUUCACCAUAUGAGACAUCAUGUAUUUAUUCUACACAGCCUAUCUCUUUGCGGAGCCUUAAGGUACAGUGUGUUGCUUAUAUGCUAUGUUCUCAGUUGAGUGUUCUAUACGGAGCCAUCCUCUAAUUAACUAAUUAGCCCGUGUGGCACAACUGAUCGUGUACAUUUGACCAGUUCAGAGGCGCAGUAUCUCGGACUGGAAAGAAAAUAAGUUGUAUCCAGUCAAAGAAAGCAGGCAGUCACCAACUGGAUUUCGGAGACAAUCAUGGGCAACCAUUCGCACAAUCUCCUGACUCUGCACCACAUUGAGCUGAGCCAGUCCACGUACAUGGAGAACGGCAACAUCACCAACGCCACGGACGCGGAGUCCAACUCCCUGGGCUGCGUGCAGAUCCGCAUCCCCCAGGAACUGUUCCUCACCCUCGGGCUCAUCAGCCUAGUCGAGAACAUCCUGGUGGUGCUGGCCAUCUUCAAGAACCGCAACCUGCACUCGCCCAUGUACUACUUCAUCUGCUGCCUCGCCGUGUCCGACAUGCUCGUGAGCGUCAGCAACGUGGUGGAGACCAUCUUCAUGCUCCUUAACGACCACGGGCUGCUGGACGUCCACCCGGGCAUGCUGCGACACCUGGACAACGUCAUCGACGUCAUGAUCUGCAGCUCGGUGGUGUCCUCGCUGUCGUUCCUGUGCGCCAUCGCGGCGGACCGUUACAUCACCAUCUUCUACGCGCUGCGCUACCACAGCAUCAUGACCAGUCAGCGCGCGGUGGCCAUCAUCGUGCUGGUGUGGCUGGCCAGCAUCACCUCGAGCAUCCUCUUCAUCGUGUACCACACGGACAACGCCGUGAUCGUGUGCCUCAUCACGUUCUUCUGCAUCACCUUGGUGUUCACGGCGGUGCUCUACCUGCACAUGUUCAUCCUGGCCUACUUCCACUCGCGCCGCAUCGUGACCUUCCACAAGAGUCGCCGGCAGGCCACGAGCAUGAAGGGAGCGAUCACGCUCACCAUCCUGCUCGGGGUGUUUCUCCUGUGCUGGGGCCCUUUCUUCCUCCACCUCAUCCUCAUCCUAACCUGCCCCACGCGCCCCUUCUGCAAUUGCUUCUUUAGAAAUUUUAAUCUUUUCCUCAUUCUUAUAAUAUGCAAUUCUCUCAUCGACCCCCUUAUAUACGCCUAUCGGAGCCAAGAGCUUAGGAAAACGUUAAAAGAGCUGGUUCUCUGUUCUUGGUAUUUUGGCGUGUAACAACAUUUAUUUGCAUAAAGCACCAUACUAUUUCGAAUCCCUUCUUUUGUAAACACUCGUAUGAACACUGUUCAAUGAAUCACCAGUUGAGGCAAAGCUGUCACUGCCAUUUGCCCUGGCCCCUCUCUAAUGCUAAAUUAAACACCAACCUGUCCGUCUGUCUGUCUGUCUGUCUGUCUGUCUGUCUGUCUGUCUGUCUGUCUGUCUGUCUGUCUGUCUGUCUGUCUGUCUGUCUGUCUGUCUGUCUGUCUGUCUGUCUGUCUGUCUGUCUGUCUGUCUGUCUGUCUGUCUGUCUGUCUGUCUGUCUGUCUGUCUGUCUGUCUGUCUUAUCUCUGCACUGUCUGUUAAUCAAUCUAUCUAUCCAUCCAUCCAUCCAUCCCUCUAUAUAUGCAUCUAUCUAACCACUAGCAAAAAAGAAAGAUCUGUCUGUAUAGAAAUGUAGAUCUACAGACAGAUAUAUAGAUAGAUACAUCUUUGUCUAUCUUUCAUUCUAUCAGUCAAUCUAUCUAUAUAUCUAUAUCAGUGUAAAACACUUGUAGAACUGCACAGCAAUGAUCGUUAUUAGGUGGCAACUGUAAUUUAAUUCCUAAAUGCGAUUUAAGGAUCAAAUAAUAAAUGUGUCAAAUAUAGAACGAUGAACAAGACUGUUAUUGUUCUCGUUUCACCGUCCCCAGCCAGUUUUCCAUAAGCUGCUUUUUAAACCAAACGACGUUGACAUGACUAACAGGAGCAUAUUGUUUUUGUUGUGACUCCCUGUAAAGUAGGCAUACCUUCUGUACAGUAAGUGUCUAUUUGAAGUACGCAGGAAUGGUCCGAUAUUUAUUGAUGAGACAAUAUGACGAGCCUAAUACUGUAUGAAUCACUGUUGUGUUUGCUGUUUACUAUGAUAUCAAUGGAACAGUCUUAUAUUGUGUCAUGCUCAAUGAUUGGAUGAUCAUAUACAAGGAUGGAUUAGCCUGUUUAUAGCAUCUAAACAAUAAAUGUUAGUUUCUCACGUUUUACCUGUUGAAACCUAAAGGAUUAAUACCUAUAACAAAACCUUUAUAACAACUCACUACCCCCCCAUAUCUUUUAUGGGGUGGUAUAGAUAAUAAAGCUCAUCAAGAUAAGCAGAAGUUGUAAUCAUUUUAUUUUCAAUUGAUAAUAUGUCAGGCAUAGCAUAUGGAAAGGGAAAUAAGAAAAGGAAAAACAAAGUGUAGAAGAGGAAAAUGUGAUGGGAUAUGAAUUUAUGGCUACUGUAUAUGUUGUUUGAAGGAGGAAUUGCAUUCCUCAUUCCCUCACUCAAGCAAAAGCCCUGCAAUCAAAACCGUUUGGCAGUUGCACUUAAUUAUGGCUUAAUUAAAUGCCUUAGGUCUGCUUGAAAGAAAAAAUUGAAUGAUGAAUCCGGUCAUGAGACUUAAACUAGCUGUAGCAAAUUUGAGUUGCAAAACAGAAGCAUCUUUGAUUCUAUGAAACAGGGGCACUAGUUGAACUGUUUUUAGACCUAGACAAUGCUUCGAGGCAUCUUGGAUCCUUAUCUCUGCACUAAGAACAAAUUCACAACUACACACACACACACACACACAGACAGACAGACAGACAGACAGACAGACAGACAGACAGACAGACAGACAGACAGACAGACAGACAGACAGACAGACAGACAGACAGACAGACAGACAGACAGACAGACAGACAGACAGACAGACAGACAGACAGACAGACAGACAGACAGACAGACAGACAGACAGACAGACAGACAGACAGACAGACAGACAGACAGACAGACAGACACACACACACACACACACACACACACACACACACACACACACACACACACACACACACACACACACACACACACACACACACACAC